AUGGCAAUCGACGACCUCGCCACCAUCGAUGCCUCCAAAGAGAACUGGUCUAUUGUUGCAAAGAUUUCGUUCUUUGGUGUUGGUGAAAGCGGUCGUGAUUUCCUACCAACCUCACAUUCAUUCAAGAUCAACUUUGAUAUUCAUACAUCUGUGCGCUUGGUUCCCAACAAGGCCAUCAACUUAAGCCCGUACAAUUUUUUGUCAAUAUCUGAUAUAAUGUUCAAGGAUCUUGAUACUGCUGAACAAGAAUUCGAAAAAGAUGGUGGGAAGCAGAAAAGAAUUACUAUUGAACUUGACCAAGAUGGGGCUCGGGUUGAAUGCGCCUUUUUUGGAAAGUAUGUUGAUGAGAUCGUUGGUUAUCUUGGAUAUGUUGAUGCAACUAAUGUUGUUGUUGUUGUGAGUUGUGUCAAAGUAAAGUCCUUUAAAGGUAAGACAAGUCUCCAAAAUGUUUAUGGAUCUACAAAGGUUCUUUUUAAUCCUCUCAUAGAAGAAGCUGCCCCCACACAUACUUUUGUGGCUUCAACCUCAACACAAAAUUAA